CUGCGCGCUGAGUGCGCCUGCGCGCGUCGCGGGCAGGGACGUGGCCCGGCUGCCGGGACCGGCGGAGCGCGGCGGCGGGGGGCUGCGGGGGACGCCGAUGCUCGCGCCUCCCUGCCGCGGGCAACGCUUCCAAGGUGGCGACAGGCAAGGUUGCAGGAAAGCUGAGCUCCACUCUCUCAUGGGUGAAGAACACCGUAUCACACACCGUCAGUCAAAUGGCCAGUCAGGUGGCAAGUCCAUCUGCCUCAUUACACACUACAUCCUCCUCUACCACUCUGUCUACACCUGCGUUAUCACCAUCCUCACCAACACAGCUGAGUCCAGACGACUUAGAAUUACUCGCUAAACUUGAGGAACAGAACAGACUCUUGGAAACAGAUAGCAAAUCCUUGCGAUCAGUAAAUGGGUCAAGAAGGAAUAGUGGGUCUUCUCUUGUAUCUAGUUCAUCAGCUUCUAGCAAUCUCAGCCAUCUUGAAGAAGACUCAUGGAUCCUGUGGGGGAGGAUUGUGAAUGAAUGGGAAGAUGCACGGAAAAAGAAAGAAAAACAAGUUAAGGAGCUUGUUCGAAAAGGGAUACCUCAUCAUUUCAGAGCAAUCGUUUGGCAACUCUUAUGCAGUGCUCAAAGCAUGCCGAUCAAGGAUCAGUAUUCAGAGCUUUUGAAAAUGACAUCUCCUUGUGAGAAAUUAAUAAGAAGGGACAUUGCUAGAACAUACCCUGAACAUGAUUUUUUUAAAGAAAAAGACAGCCUUGGGCAGGAGGUCUUGUUCAAUGUAAUGAAGGCUUAUUCUUUGGUGGAUCGUGAGGUUGGAUACUGUCAAGGAAGCGCUUUUAUAGUUGGAUUGCUGCUUAUGCAGAUGCCAGAAGAAGAGGCAUUUUGUGUGUUUGUUAAAUUAAUGCAAGAUUACAGACUACGAGAGCUCUUUAAACCAAGCAUGGCUGAACUGGGCCUUUGUAUGUACCAGUUUGAAUGCAUGAUACAGGAGCAUCUUCCGGAGCUUUAUGUGCACUUUCAGUCUCAGAGUUUCCACACUUCUAUGUAUGCAUCGUCAUGGUUUCUAACUAUAUUCCUUACAACUUUUCCACUACCAAUUGCAACAAGAAUAUUUGAUAUCUUUAUGUCUGAGGGUUUAGAGAUAGUAUUUCGAGUAGGGUUAGCAGUACUUCAGAUGAACCAGGCAGAAUUACUGCAGCUUGACAUGGAAGGAAUGUUACAGCACUUUCAAAAGGUCAUUCCACAUCAGUUUGACAGUGGUCCAGACAAAUUAAUCCAAGCAUCUUACCAAGUCAAAUACAAUGCAAAAAAGAUGAAAAAGUUAGAAAAGGAAUACACUACAAUAAAGACAAAAGAAAUGGAAGAACAAGUUGAAAUUAAAAGGUUACGAACUGAAAAUAGGCUUUUGAAACAGCGCAUUGAAACAUUAGAAAAAGAAAGUGCUUCCUUGGCAGAUAGAUUGAUACAGGGACAAGUGACAAGGGCCCAGGAGGCUGAGGAAAACUACCUCAUAAAACGGGAGCUGGCCACCAUCAAACAGCAGAGUGAUGAGGCCAUUACUAAACUGGAGCAAGCUGAGAAUACCAUCAGGGAGCUCCAACAGCAGCAGCAAUGGUUUGGCAAAAAUGAUUGCACAGUGAACUUACAGAUAAACGAUGCAGCCAUUUGUACUUAUUUAAAGCAUAAAUGCAGUUCACGAUACAGUGAAGACUUUGUGCUCCAGCUGGAAAAAGAGCUGGUCCAAGCCAGGCUGAGUGAAGCAGAAUCCCAUUGUGCCCUGAAGGAGAUGCAAGAUAAAGUUCUAGAGAUGGAAAAGAGGAACAGCUCUCUCCCUGAUGAGGAAAAUGUUGCUAGACUACAAGAAGAACUGAUUGCAGUAAAACUCAGAGAAGCAGAAGCUCUGAUGGGUCUCAAAGAACUCAGGCAGCAAGUCAAAGACUUGGAGGAACACUGGCAGCGUCAUCUAGCUCGUACCACUGGAAGAUGGAAAGAUCCUCCCAGAAAAAACACAGUGAAUGAGCUACAGGAUGAGCUGAUGACAGUCCGAUUGAGGGAAGCAGAAACUCAGGCUGAACUGAAAGAGACCAAACAAAGAAUGAUGGAGAUGGAAACACAGAAUCAGAUCAAUAGUAACCAUUUACGAAGGACAGAGCAAGAGGUUACCAACCUACAGGGGAAGGUACAGUAUCUUUCUGCACAGAACAAAGGACUUCUUGCUCAGUUGAACGAAGCGAAACGUAGACAAGCAGAGAUUGAAUGCAAGAGUAAAGAAGAAGUGAUGGCGGUACGGCUCCGCGAGGCAGACCGCAUUGCGGCUGUGGCUGAACUCCAACAGCAUAUUGCUGAAUUAGAAAUACAGAAAGAAGAAGGAAAAAUUCAAGGGCAGCUUAAUAAAUCUGAUUCUAACCAGUACAUCAGAGAACUGAAAGAUCAGAUAGCUGAGCUGCAUCAUGAGAUCAAAUGUCUAAAAGGCCAGAGAGACUUCUCAGACCAACCCACUUUUGAUGGGAUUCACAUUGUCAACCAUUUCACAGGAGAUGAUGAAUCAUUUCAUUCUUCUGAUGAAGAUUUUAUAGCUAACUCCAUACAGGAGAGUGGGAUGAACUUUCAUCUACACAGGAGGACUGGUCAGAUGGCUUUGGAUCACACAGCUGUGGACAGCAGUGACAGUGAUGCUGAGGAAGGUGCCCUUCAGACUGGGAGUCCAGACGAGAUGGUUUCCAAGCAGAGAAGAACAGAAUCUUACUCUACUACUGUGUGAUUAUCACUGUGACUAGCAUUGGAGACUUAUAUUUCCUUAAGGGUCAAGUUGUCAGAUAACUGAAACUACCCAGCAGUUGGUUUAGGUAACUAUUGGAUCCGGUCUGGCCUGUGAUAAAUAUGUCCAGGUACUGUCUGUCUGCAGUCUCUCUUUGCCAAAUCUUGCUAAUGACAUACCGCUGCCAUAAAACAGGCUGGGAAGAAGCUGAUGGAUGACAGUUCUGACAGUAUUACUGAAUGUUCUUUGGUUUAGAAACUGCAAAUAUAUCACUUCUUUAAUGCAUAAGAACCGUUUCUGCUGUUCACAAACACAGGAAUUAUUUUCCUCAAAAGUAAUUGCUGUUGUGCAAUAUUUUAUGCUCUGAACAAAUGUGUGUUUUAUGUGGUUAUCCAUUUGUGAUCAAGAUGGACCCUAGUAAACCAUCUGAUCAUGACCAUAUAUAUAAAAAAUUAUCUUAUGUUUCUCAAAUACUUUUGUUUUUACUGAAGUUAUUGGAUGCCCACAAGAAGGCUUGAAAGAGGAGCCUUUAUCUGUACUACAUCAUAUAUGCAAAUAAUGGUCACUAAUGUCAUAAAGGUGUUUUUCACCACUUUCACUUAAAUCUACACGUAUCUGCUUUUGAUGUUGCUAAACAAUACUUGGUCUGAAUAUAUUAAUGACAAUAAUGUUUAUUUUGUAUAUAUUUAUAUAUCUACACCCAGCUGAAAAUGUACAUUACACCAUUUUAUAUGAGGAAUGUAAAUGUUGCAAUAUUACUGUCUCUGCUAUUCUAACAGGAGAACUAAUUCUGUAUAUAUACACACUAGAAAUUACUAAUAAAGGCAGAACACUAACUUCCUCUUAAGUUUCAGCCUAGCUACACUAACAGGUUCGUGUCAGAAAUGCUUGUUCAAAACACUAUUGACUGAAAUCUUUUACCUUCAUAUAUAUGUAAUGAAAAUAAAUUUUUCAUGAUUUAACAAGGUUA